AAGUUCGUCUUAAAUUAAGGUGAAUACUAUAGUUAUGCUGUUAUUAAAUUUUGUACUGUCUAUUAUUGUUUCUUUGUAUUAAGAUGAAAAUGAAUCUAAAAUAUUAUUUUAGCGUUUCAAUUUUGUGGAGUUUGAAAUAUAUUUUAACUUUAAAUGCUAGUGAUACUGAACUCAAGUUAUACUUAGUGGAAGUUGUAAAUCACAUUAUAUAUCAUGAUCAAUUUAAAGACAAAACAGAUUCAUGGAAUAAUUUAAAUACAACAGACGACUCUAUAUUUUUAUUAAACACAUCAUCUAAAAAAAUGAUAAAUGAUCUUAAUAUUACACCUCAAAUAUUUAGUUCAAUUAUAGUGUCAAUUAACUAUAGAUAUGCUAAAUUUUUAAAAAUAUAUAACAGUUAUGUAAUGAUAAUAAUAAGUGAAUGUGAAAACUAUUACAAUAAAAAAAUAUUUAACAAAUUUAUCGAAUGCACCAAUAUAAUUCACAAUGUUAUUGGUUGUUCAAAUGGAAUGUUUGAAAUUUUAAAUGAUAUUUUGAUGUUUAUUAAUAUCUUGGAUGUCAAUACUAUAUUUCCUGAAUAUGUAUUGCCAUAUACUGUAGUUAAUGAGAUUAAUACUGUUCAUGUAUUCACUGCAAUAACAAAACCAUGUACGUUUACUUAUAAAAAAUCGAAUGGAGCUUUUGAUACAGACGAUGCCUGCGAGUAUCUUUUAAGUAUCAAGCAUUUCCAUACUGAAGUAACUCAUAUGCUUGAAAAUAUUUCGUGUUUAGAUAAAAUCAGCCAUAUAAAUAAUAAUUUUAUUUAUAAAUAUAUACUUGAAAAGUAUAACCAGAAAUACGCAUUACAAAAAGAAAUAGACAAAAGUUUUGUUGAAUUUAUUUGUGAUGAUGUCAAAGUAUUUUAUAAAGAAACUAUCAAAAAUGAGAAUGAAAAUCUUGGGUUUCAAGAAUUAUUAAAUCAAACUUUACCUGGGCUUGUACCACCGUUGAAAGUUGUUGAUACUGAACAUAGGAUUGCUGCACUAAACAAAUUAUAUGCAAAACGUUAUUUUGAGCCUUUUAAGAAUAUUAAAAUUAUCUUAGAAAAUUUUUUGAAAAUAGACGCGAGUAUAUUAUUUCAAAAUGAAGUGAAUUCUUUUAACUUGCAGCAAAAUGAAAAAUAUUUUGAACAAUUAUUGUGGUGUAGGUAUAUCGAAAUAUUUAAAAAGUAUGAAAUAUUUUUAACCAUCAUAAUUAGCCAUUGUAGAUUUGAAGAAUUAAAAGGUACUAUAUAUAAUAAACAGUAUGUAGAAUGCAUAAAUCAAUUGCGUAGUUCAGUAUCGUUUUCUGUUAGUAUGAUUAAAUUGUUAUUAUCUGCUAUGGCAAUUCUAAAAAAAUUAUACAUUUGGAAGUAUCACGAAAGUAAUCAUAAUUGCAUGAAUAAACUAGCGAAUAUUGUAACAGAAUUAUUUUAUGAUCUAAAAGCUCUAAAUAUUGGUCCAUAUGAAAAUACUAAUACUGUGAAUGAAAUAAUAGCGAAAGCGUAUCUUGACCAAUUAUCCGAGACUCAUGAGAAAUUAAAAAAUGGUUUACAUAGUGAAAUGGGUAGUCGCUUAAGAUUUCGUUGCGAAUAUUUUGAAAACUUCACAGAUACUGCUAUAUUUUAUAGAUCAUAUAGUAAUCUGAAGUUUUCAACCAAACAUGAUGGUCCACUUUAUAAACUUAUUUGUUUACAUAUAAAUAGAUUUUGUAAUGAAAUUAUUGAAAAUGAUUAUAAAAAUCUAGGCUUUAAUGAUUUAAUAUAAAUAUUAUCCAUAUACAUUUUUAAAAAUAUAUUGGUUGUAAUUAUUUUUAAAAUUAUAUAACGAAUAUUAUUGUGAUAUGAUAUUUAAAUGAGACCCGAGCCCUCUUAUUCAUCUCUCUAUUAAUACUCAAGAAAACUUAAAAGUACUCAAUCAAUUAUUAGUUAAUAUUUUUGACUGGUCGCUUAACCUAGAUUAUUAAUUCAUUAAUUACUGGUAAUAUAAGAUUGUUACGUUUAUUAAAUUAUUAAUGAUUGUUGUUAAUCACUUUACAAUAACAUUUCUACCUCGCAUAUGAAAGUUGUUUGCAUACUUCGUUUGAGUCAGCGGGAGUCGGCUAUAAGAACUCGUGAGUUCUUAAAGGGUUUCAUCUUUAACUGCGUAGCUUAAAAUGCUGAAAACAUUAAAUUCAAACAGGUUUUAUAAAUCACUUUAAAUAGUUGUAAUUGAUUAAAAAUAAGCAUAAAAAUGGCUUUUAAAUGCAGGAAUGCGUUAUCGUCAUAGACUAGUUUUAGCGUUAAUCAUUG